AUGCCCACCAACGGUGUGCGAUCCUACAUCGACCAUGCAUCAGAUGGACGCUUUACCACUGGACUGUGGAUGAGACCAAAUGUGAACGUGUUUGGAAUUAGCAGCAACCAGCGUCUGAUGGCUGUAGAUUCGAGGAUAAAAUGUUUCCUGGUGAUUACAUCUUUUCUCGGAGUUCUCAAAACAGCAGACGCCCAGACGUACAACUUUCCGUCAUGUGAGAAGAACUUUACGGCCGUCACGGUAUCGGAGACGCUGCCGGCGUGGCAAUUGAUUACCACCGUCAACUGCUCCGACGUAGACACCGGCCCGGCAGGCACCAUCACCUUCGUGAUGACAACAGGCAACACCAACCAGUUCUACGUUAACAGCAACACCGGACAAGUUAAGAACAAAAAGAAGUUCAAUGCUGAUUUCGUCAAAUUUUACCCGAUCACUGUGGAAGUCAGAGACCAAGCAACACCCGCCUUGACGACGACGGUUAAAAUUACCGUCUCUGUGACGUCAGUGAACGACAACUCCCCGCGACUGAAGAACCUGCCUGCGUCGAUCAAUGUAAGGGAGGAUACUCCGGUAGGAACAAAGAUCGCCGGCUGCACCAUCUUCGACGCUGACUUCAAGUGGGAUGGGUCAGGCGGUCUUGGCGGGAUUGCCAGGGUGGAAAUUAAAAACGGAAACAUAGGCAAGAAAUUUGCGAUCGACAGCCAGACGUGCGACAUCUACGUGCAGGCGCCCCUAAACUACGAGUGGAAGAACUGGUACCGACUGAUGCUCAUCGUGCAGGACCUCGACCCAGACUACCCUAAGCUGAAUGUCGGCUUCAUCAACAUCAACGUCAUCGACGUCAACGAUCGACCACCGUGGUGUUCUAAGUACAUGAAGGUGACGUCUAUCCCAGAAUCUACUAAUGCAGGGACGGUCCUGGCGUCCAUCCCGUGCGUGGACAAGGAUUCCGGCAGCGGAGGACAGCUUGUUUACACAGCAUAUGGCGGCAACACGAGCGUGCUCGACGUGGUCCCCAACACGAACAUCGUCUCUCUGGUGAAAGCCGUGGACGUGGACACGGAGCCGCAGUCGUACGAGCUGCUCGUCAACAUCUCCGACAAGGGCGUGCCCGCGCUCUGGAAGACCGCCAGCGUCGUGUUGUACGUGGACGACGUGGACGACAACCCGCCUGUCUGGACGUCCGCCAACCCGCUCCUCAUUGCGAUACCCGAGUCGACUGAUAUUGGAACCUCCGUAGGCCAAGCGGAAACUACCGACGACGAUUUGACAGAACAGUUUAAAAAUGUGACGUACGGCAUAGAAACGGCGCCAGUGCCUAAUUGGUUUAACAUCGACUCAGGGACAGGUGUCAUAUAUGUGACGGGACCACUUGAUCGAGAGACAAAGCCUGUGGUUGAGUUCGACAUGUUUGCCUAUUCCAGCGAUAAGUACACCGACAGGGUAAUAUCCCAAGUCAACAUCACCCUCACUGACGUCAACGACGUCGCUCCAGUUUUUACCCAGAAUAUCUACACAGCGACGUUGACUGAAACAGACGCGCCGACGACGUCAGUUGCGCAGAUAGUGGCACAAGACCCGGAUGAGGGAUUGGGCGGACAAUUCACUUAUAGCAUUGCAGGUAGCACAUUCGACAUCGACUCGAGUGGUUUGGUAACCCUGGCGGAGAGCAUCAACAACAAGGACACACUGACGUACAUCGUGACGGUCACCGCUACGGACAAAGGCUCGCCCAAUCUCCAGUCCAGCGCCUAUCUGCAUGUUACCGUCACCCCCGUUAACGAGUUCCCGCCGACUAUCACUCUUGUUCCGUCACAAUCAGUGCCGGAGAGUACUGCGCCAGGAUCCGAACUGUUCCAGGUGAUGGCGACUGACGGGGACUCUGGACACGAUGGUAUGAUCACCUUCAGUCUCGGCACUCCCCUUUCACCAUUCGUGAUCGACGCUUCGUCUGGGCGAUUCAAAACGUGGGACACGCUCGACAGAGAGACCGACCCAUCAUGGGACAUUGUUGUCAUAGCAACUGACCAGUCGCAGACAGCUUCCAAGUCGACGUCAAUCACUGUGCACAUCGACGUGAACGACGUUAACGAUAAUGCGCCAACUUGCAACCACGUGCCGGCGAUAAUCGUUACAGACAGUUACAGGCUGGGCGAUCAACUCACUCAGCUGGUGUGCUCAGACAAAGACGAAGGGAUAAACGCACAGUUCAUGUUCAGCAUCUCUGAAGGAAAUGUCGGUGGAAUCUUUUCCCUGACAGGGAAUUCUGGAUCCCUGUCGUUGGUGACGGCCGUCGACAGAACCCAGACCAGAAAGUAUGUGUUGAGUAUCGACAUCGUGGACAAAGGAAGUCCAGCUAAAACAGGCACAGUGACCGUAGUUGUUGUUGUCGAAAGCGAGAACGUCAACGCUCCGGCUUUCCCUACACCUUCUGUUGACGCCUACCUAGACAGGACCUCUCCAACAGACUACAUAGUUGCUACAGUAACUGCUUCAGAUGCUGACCCUGGCGUUAAUGGCGAAAUCACUUAUUCCAUCACAGGAGGAAAUGCAGGUGGAUACUUCCUUAUCGACAAAUUGAGCGGCGAUAUAAAGUUAGCCUGGGCUCCGCCGAAUAAUCUCGUCAGCCUUGUGAUUACUGCAACGGAUAAAGGAACGCCCAGUAAAUCAGACACAAUGACAGUAAACGUGUUUGUCAAUCCUGCCGUGCCAUCGGGUCCUUUACAAUACACGUUUUCGGUAUUAGAAGGCAAACCCAGUGACACCACAGUGGGCGUGGUCACCGGAAGUGUAGCCACUGUUGGAUACACAAUCAAGGGAGGGAAUUUCGGGAAUAACUUUAAAAUAGUGAAGACGGCAAAUGGCGACGGUGAGGUACAGACAACAAAAUCUUUGAACAGAGAGGAGUAUCCCGUGUACCAGCUGACCGUCGAGGAAGAUAUGGGAGCGACUGUCGUGGCAGACAUACAGAUUCAAAUCGACGUCGGGGACAUCAAUGACAACCCGCCUGUUCUGCAAGUUGCUUCCUUGGCCAUCAACGUCGUGGAAAUGACGCCAGUUGGUCAGCGUGUUGGUAAAAUCAUCGCCACGGACAAAGACGUUGGAUCCCUGUCAUACGAAAUAUCUCCACCAGGGGGUCUCGGUGCCUCUCUGUUUUCUGUAGACCCCGACGGAACUCUCAGAGUCAGGACGUCUCCAGAUUUCGAAACGACACCCUCCACGACUUUCAAGAUCGUUGUCAGAGACGACGGCACGCCACAGAAGUCGGCAGAGGCUGAUGUUACUGUCACCAUCAUAGAUGUCGCGGAAACCAUUACCGGAAGUACAGGCACCGGAAGCUCCACCAUCAUUUCUGCUGAAUGCGCGACCACAGCUAAAUCAGGAACUCUCGUCCUAACACUGACGACUCUCCAGUUCGGACUGACCAGUGUCCAGCCUGGCAGUGUCCGAUUCGUCACCAUGAACAGCGACGGCGUGUUCGACGUCGACAAACAGACGGGGGCGACGACGGUGAGGAAACCGGACAUGCUGUACCCCGAGUCUCGAUACAUCAUGUGGGUGAUCUGCGAGGCCAAAGAUCUGAACGGAAGUGCCGUGAGCUCGCUGGCCAUCCUCAGGAUUGACACGCUGGUGCCCAAUGAUAACAUGUUCGUCAUACGAGUUGGAGCCAGUCGCCAGUACCUCGAACUAAACAGGUCAGUGAUAAGCAUGUUCGGAUCGGGGGAGGGCUCGGGCUUGAGAGGGGCGCAGUUCCUGAACAUUAUCCAACAGCAGUUCCUCAUAACAUACAGAGUUGGUAUAUACGAAAUACGUGACGAGACCGCCUCUUCAUCACGCAGAAAACUUUUGGCUACGCAGUCUGUGGUAUUGAUGUACGUCGUAACCAAUAUGGCGGCGGACGGACUCGGCGGCAUUCAGACCCCCAAGACGUUUCUCUCCCAGCAGCAGUCGCUACGGGUAAGUGCUUCAAGUUGA